CCUCCCUCCCUGUCUUCUCUCCCUAUCCUCUCUCCCUCCCUCCCUCCUCCCUCCUUUCACGCCAUAACUCUUGAACCAGUACUUUUACGAAAUUCGCCAAAAGUAAAAUAAAGCCAGUGUAGCGCUGAACAUUUUAGUAUCGGUCUUUUGUUGUCUCGUUCUGUGUGGUGGCAGAAAACGUGGUAGCAGACAGACAGACGGACAGACACACAAACUAACGAACCAAGUACAGUAACCCUCGCUGCGCAUGCGCGCGCUGAUUGUUAACUACCACUACCGCGUUCAUGUUCAAUCUUCCUCUCUCCUGUCCUCCCCUUCUCCCCAUCUCUCUCUCUCUCUCUCCACUCAGUCGGUCUCCCACACACCCCCUGCUUCAACUCCUGCCCUCCCUUCCACCUCACAACAAGCUCUGAAACAACAGUCUUCCCAUCCUCUUGCAGCCUCACCAAACCACCCUCCCCCUCCCUCCUCCACCCCCUCCUCCUCUUCCUCUUCCUCCGUGAAUCCUCGACCGUUGACGUCUCACUUCCGCUCCCCUUCCUCUGUGCCCCAUGUUGGGGGCGGGGCAGGGGGCGUGGCUGGCGGAGGAGGAGGUGAUCGUGUCGGACAGGUGACAAUACAGCCCAAUCCAGCGGCAGCGGCGAUGGUUCAGACUCAAUCAGCUGGUAGUCCAGUUACACCACAACAACAACAGCAACAACAACAACAACAACAACAACAACAGCAGCAGCAACAACAACAGCAACAACAACAGCAACAAGUCUACCAUACUCAGCAGCAGCUCGAGGCAGCGGGACAGCCUCAGGUGUGUAUGGCUAUGAUGCUUGAGAGAGCCCUUCCACCUCAGUAUCCAACGUUCUAUCCCGUACAUCCCAUGCAGACUGGAGGUAAUGCGAUGAGUCCAGGAGGUCACAGAAUACAGUACGUGGCCAGUCCCCCGCCUGCUGUAUCACCCAUGGCUCAGCAGCAGGUCUAUGUCCGCACCCACUCGUACCCUCAACAGCACACCCCGGGACCAGGUCCUGGAGGAGGAGGGGGACAUAUGGUCAUGUCCCCUCAAUUAGCACCCUCUCCAGCACACCAGCAGCAGCCCAUUAACUCUGUACCUUCCCACUACCCAGUCCAGUAUGGAGGUCAGCGACCUCAGAACCUGCCGCUAGAAGGUUACGCGACCCCAGCAGAAUGGUGGGUGCUUAGUCACGGCAGACGCCGUAUUAGGCCUCCCCCGUGUCUACUCCGGGGGCAGUGGUGUACCCCGCUCGACGUCCCCCACCCCGCUACUAUCACCCCCAGUCUUCCCCCGUCCCAUCCCCUCACACUCAGUUUCCCGGUCGGAUGUACGUCCGACCACCAGUGGGGUACCCCGCCCAGAGCCCCGCCCAGCCUUCGGGGGGUCCGCCUACCCCGACCUUCUCACCCCACCAACACCCCAGCGUGGGUCCCCCACCCUACGGAGCCGGGGGGCCGAGUACUCCGACGGACUCGGGGUAUUUUGGGAGUGUCCCCAACAUGCACCACAUGUCGGGACCCGUACCUUCUCCUCUCAGUAGAGGGUAUGUCUCGGUGGAGAAUCAUGGAUUAACUCCGUUCCCCGUCCAAUCUCCCCCUCCCCGGGGUACCACCCCGUCCAUGCUCCGCCCCCUCACCCCAAUGCCGCCAAUUACCCAACUGUCAGUACCCCGAUGUCCAUCAAGGCUCAGGCCCAGACUCCACCCACUGGCCCCCACCAACCUCCCCCUCCUGAUACACUGCUGAGACUGACGUUCCCUGUGAGAGAAGGUGUACUGUUGAAGCCAUUCCAAUUAGAGCACGGGGAUCACAUCACUCAGCAGCCUUUUCACCUCAAGGAGUCCGUCUAUGGAAUGCUCCUCCACAGAAACGACCUAGAGCUUCAAUUCAAAUGCUAUCACGGAAACGACAAGUUGAUGCUUUGCCAGUGGCCCCAAGGGGUGGCUGUCAAUAUUGACGGCCGACCUUUGCCUAUUGACAGAGGAGAUGCCAAGACCACUCACAAACCUCUCUAUCUGAAGCACUACUGCCAACCUGAGACCAACACUCUGGAGAUAGCUGUCAGUAGAUGCUGCUGUUCCCAUCUGUUUGUUCUACAACUGGUGCAUCGUCCGUCCGUCAACUCGGUCCUCACUGGUCUACUGAGGAAGAGACUGCUACCCACGGAGCACUGCAUCGCCAAGAUAAAGCGAUGGUUUGCCAGUAACUCAGACGACAGUGUUCAGCAGACUGGAGUUAGGGUCAGUCUCAAGUGUCCUGUCACAUUCAAGAGGAUCCAGCUGCCUGCCAGAGGAGCCGAAUGCAAACAUAUACAGUGUUUUGAUCUGGAGGCCUAUCUAAAGAUGAACUGUGAGCGAUGUACCUGGAGGUGUCCCGUAUGCAACAGUAAUGCCCAGUUGGAGGGGCUGGAGGUCGACCACUACAUCUGGGGCAUCAUCUCUGGAGUCAACCAAAGAGGUCUGGAUGUGGAUGAAGUGUUAGUGGAUGCCGCAGCUGACUGGAAACCGGUGGAGAAAUCUCCCGAUCUCAAGGAUGAAGAUGUUGACUCGCCACCUCUGAAGAAACCCAAAGUUGAGCCAUCAGCAUCUCCAGCCACAAACCCUCACUCUGACAUGCAGCUGCAACAACAGUCCGCCUCCAACUCCUCAUCCUCGUCCUCCACCCCGUGUCACUCCUCCCACCUCCUCCCCAAUAACAAUGCCGGCGAACCAACAACUGUCACCAAUAACGUGGGUGGUAGUGGGGGUGUGUCUCUCCCUCCCCCUCCCUCUCUUACCCCUACCUCCAGUCUACCCCACCACAAGCCCCAGGUCCCUCCUCACCUCCCCACACCUCACCACGGCAGCAUUAGUAACCACUUACCACAGCAGGUCCCCCCAAAUGACAUCACUACCAGUGCAGCACCGGCAGCAACAAGUAGCACCAGUCUCUCCAAUAAGAACAUUAUCAGUAGUAGAGGAAGUACAGUAGUCAAUCAUCAUCAGCCAGCGGUGGCCCAUUACAGAACGGGACACGUCCCGAAUUCGAACAGUUUCGUGAGUGGUGCUAUGGGACAGCAGCCCGUUCAGACAGACGGACACCAACAGCCUCAGCAUAACAAUAAUGAUAAUCUUUUCGAUGGUCUAGAAGAUGCCGACGACCUAAACCUACUGACAUAUCUCAACGACGAACUCCCGUCCCAACUCCUCUCGUCCAUGCUGGAUCCCUAGUGCAUUCUGCCGCCCAUAGCCUCCUAUUAUUGUCUGUUUUUAUCGUUUUUACCUGGUGCUGUCGUCACAGUCGUUCCUCAGAAGUCCCACUAUUGUUCUCAUACUUCUCUACUGACUGGUGUGGGUGUACUGUACUGUACAGAGGGCACGUGAAGUUUGCUGCUCACGGCGUUUCUUUCCCGGUCUUUUCUUUUCUAUGGUCUGUCGUGUACAUGUGUGGCUUAAUAUGUGGUCACGAGUAGCUCUCUCCUGUUGUCCUAGACAUUCAAUACUUCAUGUGAUAUGGACUGCAUCUCUCUCAAUGUAUUGUUAUCAUCGUCGUCCCACACUGACAUAUAGCAAUGUACUCAUGCUUGGUUUUCUUUCCCCCGUCUGUAUACUGUGUGCGUAUCUCUGUGCUUAUACAUGUGCUGUAAAUGCAGUUGCUUUCUACAUUACCUCGGCGACUUUAUUGCUGUGGAAUUGGGGUGCGAUAUAAUAUAGAUGGAGGAACAAAAAGGUUUUAGUGGGAGAUUACCAGAGUUGUCUUCCCCAGGAAUGUCUUGGGGGAGUCAGGGACUGCUAAUGUUAUUCCUAUUCCCCCAGUUAUCAGUCUCAGCAUGU